AUGAGCGACGAAACGAAACCAGAAAAUGAAGCUGUUGAAGCUAAGCGCGUAACACCCCGUCUAAACGAGAGAAUCCUUUCGUCUUUGUCAAGGAGAACUGUUGCUGCACAUCCCUGGCAUGAUCUUGAAAUUGGGCCUGGAGCUCCCCACAUUUUCAACGUUGUGGUUGAGAUAACAAAAGGAAGUAAGGUCAAAUAUGAACUGGACAAGAAGACAGGACUAAUCAAGGUUGAUCGGAUUUUAUACUCCUCUGUGGUCUAUCCCCACAACUACGGUUUCAUCCCUCGCACAUUAUGUGAAGACAAUGAUCCCUUGGAUGUUUUAGUACUCAUGCAGGAGCCUGUCCUUCCUGGUUGUUUUCUGCGAGCCAGGGCCAUUGGACUUAUGCCCAUGAUUGACCAGGGAGAGAAAGAUGACAAAAUUAUUGCAGUGUGUGCUGAUGAUCCAGAGUACAAGCACUACACAGACAUCAAGGAGCUGGCCCCUCAUCGUCUUUCUGAGAUUCGCCGUUUCUUUGAAGAUUACAAGAAAAAUGAGAACAAGGAGGUUGCGGUUAAUGAUUUUUUACCUUCAAAUACUGCUGUUGAAGCUAUCCAGUACUCAAUGGACCUUUAUGCUGAGUACAUUCUGCACACCCUGAGGCGGUAG